CUCCCUCCUCCUACUUCCCUUGACUGUGGCUGCGCGAGGAUGGCGGCGGCAGCAGCGGCUCCGGAGGGCAGCGGCCCCGGCGUGGACACCUGGCUGGACCGGGAGACCGCCCAGUGGCUGCGAUGGGACAAGAAUCCGUUAACCUUAGAGUUAGUGAAACGACUGAUUGAGGAAGGUAAUAAAGAAGAACUACAGAAAUGUUUUGGGGCCCGAAUGGAGUUUGGGACAGCUGGCCUUCGAGCUGCUAUGGGAGCAGGAACUUCUCGUAUGAACGACUUAACCAUCAUCCAGACUACACAGGGAUUUUGCAGGUACCUGGAAAAACAUUUCAGCAACCUGAAGCAAAGAGGUGUAGUGAUCAGCUUUGACGCCCGUGCUCACCCACCAAGCGGAGGCAGCAGCAGAAGGUUUGCCCGACUUGCUGCCACCACAUUUAUCAGUCAGGGGAUUCCUGUCUACCUCUUUUCUGAUAUCACCCCAACCCCGUUUGUGCCCUACACAAUAUCACACUUGAAACUUUGUGCGGGAAUCAUGAUAACUGCCUCGCAUAACCCAAAGCAGGAUAAUGGUUAUAAGGUCUAUUGGGAUAACGGAGCUCAGAUCAUCUUUCCUCAUGAUAAAGGAAUUUCUGAAGCAAUUAAAGAAAAUCUGGAGCCAUGGCCCGAAGCUUGGAAUGAUUCUUUAAUUGAUGGCAAUUUGCUUCUUCAUAACCCAAGUGCUUCCAUCAAUAAAGACUAUUUUGAAGACCUUAAAAAAUAUUGUUUUCACAGGAGUGUGAACAGGGAGACCAAGGUGAAGUUCGUGCACACCUCCGUGCACGGCGUGGGUCACGACUUCGUGCAGUCGGCUUUCCGAGCCUUUGACUUUGCUCCCCCCGAGGCUGUUCCCGAGCAGAAAGAUCCUGACCCUGAGUUUCCAACAGUGAUAUUCCCAAACCCCGAAGAGGGUAAAAGAGUCUUGAAUUUGUCUUUCGAUCUGGCUGACAAAAUCAAGGCCCAAAUUGUUUUGGCAAAUGACCCAGAUGCUGAUAGACUUGCUGUGGCGGAAAAGCAAGACAGUGGUGAAUGGAGAGUGUUUUCAGGCAAUGAGUUGGGGGCCCUCUUGGGCUGGUGGCUCUUUACCUCUUGGAAAGAAAAGAACCAAGAUCGCAGUGCCCUCAAAGACACAUAUAUGUUGUCUAGCACCGUCUCCUCCAAAAUCUUACGGGCCAUCGCCUUAAAGGAGGGUUUUCAUUUUGAGGAAACAUUAACUGGCUUUAAGUGGAUGGGAAACAGAGCCAAACAACUAAUAGACCAGGGGAAAAAUGUGCUCUUUGCAUUUGAAGAAGCUAUAGGGUACAUGUGCUGCCCCUUUGUCCUGGACAAAGAUGGAGUCAGUGCUGCUGUCAUUACUGCAGAGUUAGCUAGCUUUCUAGCAACCAAGAAUUUGUCUUUGUCUCAGCAGCUGAAGGCCAUCUAUGUUGAGUAUGGCUACCAUAUUACCAAGGCUUCAUAUUUUAUCUGCCAUGAUCAAGGCACCAUUAAAACGAUAUUUGAAAACCUUAGAAAUUACGAUGGAAAGAAUAAUUACCCAAAGACUUGUGGCAAGUUUGAAAUUUCUGGCAUUAGGGACCUCACAACUGGCUAUGAUGACAGCCAACCUGACAAAAAAGCGGUUCUCCCUUCUAGUAGAAGCAGCCAAAUGAUCACCUUUACAUUUGCUAAUGGGGGUGUGGCCACCAUGCGGACCAGUGGGACAGAACCCAAAAUAAAGUACUACACAGAGCUUUGUGCCCCACCAGGAAACAGUGAUCCCGAGCAGCUGAAGAAGGAACUGAAUGAACUAGUCAGUGCUAUUGAAGAAUAUUUUUUCCAGCCACAAAAGUAUAACCUGAAGCCAAAGGCAGAGUAAAACAUUCCAGCCUUAGGUGGAUAAAGAAAAAAUGGCCAAACCUAACAAACCAGCAUUCCUACUGAAAGGUUGAACCGGGCAUAUUCUCAACAACAACAACAAAAUAAAUAAAAUUUUGGGAAAAAAAAAAUAAAGGUAUUUAGCAUUUAAAUUAAAAAAAAAAAAAAAGAUUGAACCUGCGUAGUAUCCAAAUUUAAAAUUUUUUUUAAAUGAAGCUUUUAAAAAUAACCUUUGAAAAUAGUAUUGUAAUUAACAUGCCUUAGUUUACAUAAGUAAUAAAUGUAUAUCUUCUCUGUAAUUCUUUUUAUGUAUAACUAAAAUGGCCGGAGAGCUUAAAGUCUGUGCUGGUAGGAGAACAGCGUUUUAGGUAUAUAUGUAUUUACAUUUUUAUCAAUGCUUAUAAAGUAAAAUAAACAAACAGAUCAAAUAUUGUGUUCACGUUUAGGGAACAUACAAUUCACAAAAAAUGCUUUAAAAAGUUUUUUUGACCUAAAACUUUUUAAUACUAGUAACACAAUUAAGGAAACCCUGGUGGCGUAGUGGUUAAGAGCUCGGCUGCUAACCAAAAAGUGGGCAAUUUGAAUCUACCAGCUGCUCCUUAGAAACCCCAUGGGGCAGUUUUACUCUGUCCUGUAGGGUCGCUAUGAGUCGGAAUUAACUUUGGUGGCAGUGGUUUUUGUUUUUAAACCUUGUGUAUGUGCCAGGAAAAAACAGCUUAACCAUCUUUGUUUAGUUCCAUUAAAAUCCAUUUCUCUCUAAAUCUUGAAAACUAGACAGUUGGUUAUUUAAAACUUAAAACGGAAUUUACUGUCCCUUUUUUAUUAUUUAAUACAAUUUCACAUAAUUCUGAGACAGCAGUGACUAUGACCGUUAACUAUUCAUCUGACCUUGAUUUCUGCUUUACUCAGGUGUGAUCAAAAUCUAACACCAGACUUUAUUAUAAUAGAUUUCCUUUUCCAAGCUUGUUAGUUAAUCUCUGCCUUCAACUCGUCUCUUAAUUGAUGGUCUUGCAACCUUCCAAAGUGACUGCACUUGAGCACCCAUGACCUAGGACCAAACUAUUCUUUAUUUGUAUGUUUUAUGUUAUUUUCUAUUUUGAACUUGGAUUCAAAUUAUUUACAGCAAAUGACUGCCUAUUAUUAUUAUUGUCAGUCUAAAUGGUUAUUAACAGUUUCAGGGCAAUGAAAAAGUAUAAUACUGUUGACAAUGAUUUUUCUAAAGUAAAGGGAAUCAGUGUUUUUAAACCUUUGUGAUACAUAGCUUGUGUCCUACCAGAACCAGAUCUACAGUAUUCAAUAUAUUCUGUCAGCCACUUCAUUCUGGAAGCCAUCUUUGUUUUGUUCUACAGUGUUCAUAGUCUCAAACCAUACUCUAGAAAAAGAAACUUCAGAUUUGCAUCAUCUCUACAAACACAUUUUUUGAGCAUCUGUGGUGGUGCAGUAGUUAAGAGCUUGGCUGCUAACUAAAAGGUCAGUGGUUCAAAUUCACCAGCUGCUCCUUGGAAACCCUAUGGGGCAGUUCUACUCCUUGGAAACCCUAUGGGGCAGUCGCCAUGAGUCAGAAUCAACUCCAUGGCAGUGGGUUUGGUUUUGGUAUCUUGUACCCGUAACAGAAUUUGUUUCUGAAUAUACAAAAAUGAUUAAAACCCAAUUGUGCUGUGAUGAAGCUCAUAGCCUAGUUGGAGGGUUAAUGCCAUUAGUUGUCCUCAAAUCGAUUCAGACUCGUGGCAGCCCCAUGUGUUACAGAGUAAAUCUGCGCUCCAUAGGGCUGUCUUGGCUGUCAUCUUUUUUGAAGCCUGUAGGCAGGCCUAUCUCUCUAGGUACCGCUGGGUAAGUUCAAACCGCCGACCUUCAAGUUAGCAGUCAAGUGCAAGCCAUUUGUACCGCCUAGUAGCUGCAAUACAUACACACUCUAUAGUAGAGUUAUUUGCAGAUUACUCAGAAUUCAGAAGUAGAAGAGAGAUUCAUUCUGCCCCACCAAGGCCUCAUAGAAGAGGUGGUGAGUGAGCUGCUUCAUCUGCUGGCAUGAGGAGCAGCCCAAGAUUGAGGAUACAGUCUUCCAGGAGAGAGCAUGGCAUUAACAGAAGUGUAGAUGUGCUGGGAAGGGAAGGCAGAGGGUUAAGGGGAAAUGGUGGAAACAGUUCCCAGACAGAAACUUUAGGACUGACUGACCCACUCCCAUGCCAUUCACGUAUGAAGAUGAUUUAGAGGGGAUCCUCCUUUCUCUAAUUUCUUUUACAUAUUUCUGAGAAAUAGCACCCCAUGGAAGCUCAUUAAGUAUUCUUUGACUUUCUCCUGUUACUAUGGAUUGUGUGGUACAUAAAGCUCGCAACACAAGGCCUCUGGGUUCUUAUUUUGUUAUGCUAUGAACCAGCUCUGUGGCUUUGGUCAAGUCAUUUAACCUCUUAAAGUCUCAAUUUUGUCUUUUUUAAAGUGAAGAGGUUGUACUAAGUGCUCUGUAAGGGCAACUGUCAGCAUCGGUAAAUCACUGGCAGUUCUCUAGAAGAAUGAGCAGCUAGCCCUCGUACAAGACCUAACAUCCGAGGUCCAGAAAAACCAAACCCGCUGCCAUCAAGUCGAUUCCAACUCAUAGCAAACCUGUGAGACAGAGUAUAACUCCUCCAUAGGGUUCCGAGGCUGUGAAUCUUUAUGGAAGCAGACUGCCCCAUCUUUCUCCAGCAGAGCGGCUGGUGGGUUAGAACCACCAACUUUUAAGUUAGCAGCUGAGCACUUAACCAUUGUGCCACCAAAAAAAAAAAACAAAAAACUUUGUACCAAAGAAAACCAAAAAAAAAAAAACCUUUUUUGU